AUGAAGAUUUUUGUGAAGACUCUCAAGGGUACCCAUUUCGAUAUUGAAGUGAAACCUGAAGACACGGUCACUAAUGUGAAGAAAACCAUCGAAACUUCUCAGGGAUCUGAUGUUUAUCCUGCUACACAACUGAUGCUUAUCCACCAGGGAAAGGUUCUUAAAGAUGGAACAACAUUGGGAGAAAAUAAUGUUGCUGAGAACAGUUUUGUUGUUGUCAUGCUAACAAAGAAUAAGAGCUCGUCUGGUGAAGGGUCAACCACAUCAGCUGCACCUGCUGUAAAGGUGCAACCGACAAGUGCCACACCUCCUACUUCAGCUCCAACAUCAACAGCACUUCAUGCUCCUGCUGCAGCACCUGCACCUGUACCCACUCCUGCAUCCUCUCCCAUUCCUGUUCCUGCUGCUGACGUAUCGGAUGCCUAUGGCCAUGCGGCUGCCAAUUUAGUUGCUGGCAACAACCUUGAGGGUACGAUCCAGCAGAUUCUUGAUAUGGGUGGAGGAACUUGGGAUCGAGAUAUAGUUGUCCGAGCUCUUCGAGCUGCUUUCAACAACCCGGAAAGAGCUGUUGAAUAUUUAUACUCAGGUAUCCCCGAGUCAGCAGAAGUUCCACCUACAGCAAGAAGUGCACCUAGCACUCGGGCGGCUAAUGUGCCUUCUCAGCCUCAGCAAGCCGCACAACCUGCUCCUGUACCUUCAGCUGGACCCAAUGCAAAUCCUCUAGAUCUUUUCCCACAGGGUCUUCCUAGCAUGGGUUCAAAUGUUGGUGGUGCCAACACCCUAGAUUUUCUACGCAAUAGUCAGCAGUUCCAAGCCUUGCGAACAAUGGUGCAGGCCAACCCACAAAUAUUACAGCCCAUGCUUCAGGAGUUAGGAAAGCAAAAUCCUAAUUUGAUGAGGCUGAUUCAAGAGCAUCAGGCCGAUUUCCUUCGCCUUAUAAAUGAACCUGUUGAAGGCGGAGAAAGUAACAUACUAGGGCAGCUUGCUGAAGCUAUGCCACAGGCUAUAACAGUUACUCCUGAGGAACGUGAAGCCAUUGAACGCCUCGAAGCAAUGGGGUUUGAUCGAGCACUUGUUUUGGAGGUGUUCUUUGCCUGCAACAAGGAUGAAGAGCUUGCUGCGAACUACCUGCUAGAUCAUAUCCAUGAGUUUGAAGAAUGA